AUGGUGGCCGGUGCAACAGCAGAACUGCAACUCGCCUUUCUCUUCCCUGGUUUCCCCUCUUGGUCAAUCUCAGAGGUGGUCAUUAAGAAUGGAGAGAUGCUUGGUGUUUCACAUUUGAUAAAUAGAAAAGUCCUUUCAAAUGGUUGCAUUUCUCUUGGAAAAGAGAACUUACAGUUGAAAUAUAGUGAGGGAGAUAGAGCAUUUGGUACAUCAAGUGAACUCUUCAUUGAUGAAAGAUUGAGAAUCGCUUUAGAUGGCAUCAUUGUCACUAGCAUGGAAAUAUUUCGCCCUAAAAUUUUGGGUAGUUUGGCUCCAAACACCUUAAAAGUGAAGAUAAGGAUUACCACAAGAUGCUUAUGGCUUGACAAAGGGAAGCUGAUGGAUGCACUCUUCAAAUCUGCCCAUGCUGCUAUUUCAAGCUGCCCUGUAAAUAGUCCUCUGGCUCACAUAGAAAGAACUGUAUCUGAGGUGUUGAGAAAGAUGGUGAGGAAGUAUAGUGGUAAACGGCCUGAAGUUAUUGCCAUUGCCAUAGAAAAUCCUGCAUCCGUUCUUGUUGAUGAGAUAAACACAAAAUUGUCUGGUGAAACCCAUGUUGGCCUUGGAAUAUCAACAUCAAAAAAAGCAUUGGAUAGACAUGAGAAAAGAAAUCAGUCCAUCUCACUGCAAUUUAGUAGUAAAUGUGACAUCAAGUGGGAGCAUGAUGAUAGUAUUGAUAAUGCUGGUGGAGAUGAGGGUUAUUUAUCUGAGGAAGACAACACUGCAAGCGAAGCCGAGGGUGAUUUAUCUGAGUCACGGAAUUCAGAUGAAUUUUGGAAACCAUUCAUUACAUCAUUACCAGUUGAGAAACCAUUUGAUGCUGACAAUUCUGAAGAAACGUCUAUUUCUGAACCCAAGUCUUCAAAAUCAAUAAAGAGAAAUAAAUGGAAAGCUGAGGAAGUUAAGAAGCUGAUUGGUAUGCGUGAGGAACUACAUGACAGAUUUCAAGUUGUGAAGGGCAGGAUGGCCCUCUGGGAAGAGAUAUCUCAGAAACUGUUGGCUGAUGGGAUCAACAGAAGUCCUAGACAGAGUAAAUAG